CGUGUUUUGCUUGGCUGCACAAACCUUAUAGUAUCUCUUGCUUUGCAAUUUUUUUGUUUUUAUUGACAAAAAUGGCAAUGCUUGUCUCGCGUGGGGCAAAACGAUUUAUAAGUUCUGCUGUUCAAGAUUUUUAUAAACUCAGUGCAAUUGCUUUGAACGGAGAGGAAAUCGAUUUUUCGAAGUACAAAGGCAAAGUUGUCUUGAUCCAAAACACUGCGUCUCUAUGAGGCACGACCGUCAGGGAUUUUACCCAGGUAAUAAAGAAAUAUAGUGUUUAACUCGAGCAGGAAUAUAGAUUUAUUACUAUAUAAAUAAAUCGAGAAAUAUAUAAAUUAUGAUAUAAACGAUUCAGGAUAUAACUAUCCCUUGAGACACUGAACUCAAAAGAAAGUCUGGAUUGAACAAGAGUUGUCAAGAGCAAGCAAAUUGGUAUAUUUGCCACCAAAUAAAAGACAAUACAAUACACCACCUUUCUGGAAUGCAUGUCACUAUAUAGAGCCUUGUUUUUGUGCAUGUGAGAUAUUGGUUAAAAAUCACAAUAUGUCAAUCAUGAAAAUGAGGCUAUAUAUGUAGCCAUGGCGACACUUUCCGGAAUCAUGUAUUACAAACAUUAAAAAGAUGUUUCUCACUUUGAUAACUGCUGAUCUCUGCAUGAAAAUGCUUAAUAUGUGGUCAGCCAACAGUUUAACCCAUUGAGUGGUGCUGCACUCUCCCCCUAACGAGUAAAAUCGUCAGGCAUUACUUAUUAGAAAGAGUAAAAUAAUCUGGCAUUAGGCAGAGUAUAAAACAAUAAAGUAGGGCACAUUAACACUAAAGGAUUAAUAUCAAACUGAAAAAGUUAUAAAAUAGUCUUAAAUUUGAUGACCACUGUAGAAUGGAGAGAUGAAGUUUAAUUUUCUUGCUUGUAUAUUAAUUCCCAACAUUUCUAAAUAUAUAUCUUUAUAUAUUAUCAUAAAUAUAUAUCAACAUUUCUAAAUAUACACCAAUUACACUAUUGUGCUAAACAAAACACCCAGAUUGAUUUUUCCAUUUUUUCACCAGAUGAAUGUACUUGUGGAAAAAUACCAAUCCAAAGGUCUCCAUAUUCUGGGAUUUCCCUGUAACCAGUUUGGACAUCAGGAAAACUGCAAGAAUGAAGAAAUUCUCGACAUUCUCAAACAUGUCCGACCUGGUGACAGUUUUGAACCAAAAAUCGAAAUGUUCUCAAAAGUCAAUGUCAACGGUAAAGACGUCCAUCCUGUUUUCCAGUUCCUCAAAUCCAAUCUGCCGAUGCCAUCCGAUGAAGACCCAGAUGGCUUGUUUAUGGCCAAUCCAACAGGUAUCCAAUGGAAACCAUUAUUGAGAAGUGAUAUCAGAUGGAACUUUGAGAAAUUCUUGGUCGACAAAAAUGGCAUACCGUAUCGUCGUUAUGGAAAGACUUUCCCUACAAUUGAUUUGGCUACAGAUAUCGAGGCUCUUAUCAGCCAAUAAUCUAGACAUGCAUAUAGUUGAAGUGUUAAUUGCAAAAUUAUUUGAUUAAUGAUGAAACUUUCAAAAACUCUGUUUAGAGUAGAAAGUUUUGGAUGUAUGGUUUCAAAGGUUUUGUAAAUUACAAGCAACAAUAAAAGGUGCAUUUUAAUUUGUGUGUGUGUUUUUUAAUCCUAAACCCAGCUGUAUUAGCUCUGACUCUCAUUAUAAUCCUCAAUCUUAGCCUAAAUAUCUACACAUGUACCUAAACUGCAAUACUUAAACAGAUAAGCACUCAAGCAGUGUUACUACAAAUUCCUGAACUGAAAUAAAUUGUAUGAGUUAGUGUUAAAACAUACCCCAGUAUGCCACAAGAAUGGCAUUGCCUCAAUGGGGUUUAGGAAUGCAGAACAUUACUUUGUUUCACCAUUUUGUUUCAGGGCUUCUUAAAUACCGAAUACCAUGUUAAUAUUUUUACCAUCCCACAUGUUUUCAGUUGAUUUCCUCAUCUCACCAUUCCCCCCACCCCCUUCCACUCUGCUUCCUCCUGAAAAACCCCACCUUAUCACUGGUACGCUGUACCUACUGAUUCUGGGCCUGAUUGUUCAAAAUAAUGUUCCCGCCGUAUCUAAGUUAUGCACUCCCCUACCAGAUCCCCACCUAUGAAUAGUUUGCAUUUACAAUUAUUGAAGUUUUAGCUUUAUUAAAUUUGAAAAUUCACUAUGCUAACACCAUUAUACAAAACAAUGACAAAACCAAACGGAUUAUUAGCCUGACCACAAGCCUGAGCAUCUUUACGUAGUUUCAGGCGCACCACCCUCUCUUGUUUGAGGCUGUUUCUGUUGCAUGCAGCUUCGUGCCACUGACUCGAACAACCUGGAAACGAAGAAAC